AUGAGUGACCAAGACAGCACCUCGGCCUCCCAAACGGAGGGAGAAUUUGAGGAGGAGAUGGACGGAGACAUGGACGGAGACAUGGACGGGGAAAGAGAGAUAGAUGAGAAACACCGAGAAAGUCCGGUCCCCAGUCUGUCCAGUUUCUCCUCGUCUCUGGCCGCCGUCAUACGCAUCAAACAGAAGUACAGGGCCAUGAAGUUGCGCCGUCAAGAGAUGGUCCUCGGACUGGGAGGGUCGGCUGCCCUCCUCGGUGCCCCAGCACGAACCAGCCCCAAAAUUUUCACCUUUGACGCACUCACCCCAUCCUCCAUCCCCACCUUGUCGUCGUCUGUCCCUCAGAAGAAAAAGAGGAGAAAGAGGAGGCGGGUGAUGUUUCCUAACAGGGGAGGACGAAGGGCGCCACCGAAGCAGGAGCACAGCCGAGCAAAAUACUGUCUUUACCUUCUUUUGGCAAUCGUCUUUAUUCAGGUGUACAACGCCAUAGAGAACCUAGAUGACCACGUCCUCAGGUACGACCUGGAGGGGCUGGAGAAGACGCUGAGGAGGGAAGUGUUUGGGCAACAGGGGGCGGUGGAGGGUCUGCUAUCCCACCUGAAGGAUUACCUGUCCACGUAUGUCCACAACAAACCCCUGGUGGUGUCUCUGCACGGUCCAAGUGGAGUCGGCAAGAGCCACCUGGGACGCCUGCUAGCCGGACACUUCCGCUCCGUGGUGGGCGACACGCUGGUGAUGCAGUACUACGUCCUCCAUCACUGCCCUCUGGAGGCCGAAGCCAUGCACUGCGCCCGCAACCUGUCCACGGUCAUUACGGAGAUGGUGGAACGAGCCGAGGAGGAGGAGAAGAUCCCGCUCUUCAUCUUCGACGAGGUGGAGCACAUGCACAACGAGAUCCUGGACGAGCUUCUGGAGCUGGUCGCCGCCAAGCAGUCCAACGAGUACCUGAACGCCAUCUACCUGUUCCUCAGCAACCUAGGUCACGCACACAUCACCAAACAUAUGCUACACAACUCGUCGAGUUACUCCACGGCGAUGUCGGCGUCCGGUCGCCAUAGUAACCUCGUGAAAGAGCUGACUCCGAUAUUACGAGCCUCUCUGGAGAAGCUUCACCGGUUGUGGACAGAAGCGGACAUCUUACCUCUGGGCCUGCUGGAGAAAGGACACGUGAUGGAGUGUUUCCUGGACGAAAUGAGCAGAGAGGGGUUCUACCCGGAUCACGCCAGCAUCGAACGCUUGGCGGGGGAGAUCGAAUAUCACGCUUCGGUCGGGGGUCACCAGUAUUCUCUCACGGGCUGCAAACAGGUGGUGGCUAAAGUGAACCUGCUGUGAGAGACCCUCGGCAGGAAAUGCUUGGAUGCUUCACAUUCCUCCGAGCAUGAAGAAACUCUGCGUGAGACUCGAGGGGAAGUCGUACGGUUAUGAAACUUGAAUGAUUGCAACACGGAGCCAAAGUUUUUGUGAGGAGGGGGUUUUUGGGGGUUGUUGUUUUUUAAAAAAGAAAAACAGAGGAGCAGUUUGUUCAUUGAUGAAUCAACGGUGAGGACGU